AUGCUGGCCGACAAGCUGGUCGGCAACCUGUCGUACGACACCGACAAGGAGGUUCAGAACCUCGAGCUGCUCAAGCUACGCUUCGGGGAGACCAGCAUGCACCACUGCGAGAUCAUGGUGCGGGACCUUGAAGAAUCGAAGCGAGUUAACGCCAACGUGCAGGACCGACUCGCCCAACGGCAGACCGGCGAGGCUCAGAAGGAGGAUGCCCGCCAGCACUUCUGGCCACACCUCCUCGGAGAGGACAUGCGGCUGCACCCACGGAUGCAGGACAGGCUGGCGGCCUUCGGCAAGGCUUACUCCGUCAUCAAGAACCCUCGUCUCCUCGUGUGGAAGAAGCAGCUGGGUGUGGUGGAGCUGAACCUCGACUUCAACGGGGUCGAGAGAAGCUUCUCGGUCUCCCCGCUCCACGCCACGCUCAUCAUGCACUUCGAGGGCAAGGCGGAGACUUGGCGGUUGUCCGAUCUGGCUCGGGAGGUGGAGCUUCCCCCCUCUGUGGUGCAGAAGAGGAUGAUGCUCUGGGUCAACCAGGGGGUGGUUUCCGAGAGCAACCCCGGCCCGGUGUACCGCCUCGUCAAAGACCAGACUCAAAAUCGAUCGGGAGGGGAGGGUAUGGAGUCGAUGGUCCUCGAGGACAACACGGAAGCGGCCGUGUCGGCAGACGCGAAUGAUGCCGAGUCGGACAAGAUCAUCGUGCAAUUCCUCACAGGGAUGCUGACGAACUUCUCGAAGCUACCGCUGGACCGGAUCCACAACAAUCUCAAGAUGUUCAUGUCGGGGGGGGACAACAAGUACGACAAGUCGCUGCCCGAGCUGCAGCAGCUGCUGUGGCGCCUGUGCUCGGACGGGAAGCUGGAGCACGCAGAUGGAGAGUACCGCCUAGUCAAGUAA